GCUACUACCGAUAAACAAGUACCUAAUAACACAUCUGCACCACCACCACAAGAAAAUGCUAAUGGCGAUCCUAGUCAUCAGAAAGAAAAACUCCCUGUCCUAUCUAGAUCACAGAGAGCUGGUUUACAGGUAACAUGGAAAAAAACCUUAAUUACAUUACUCGGUCGAGAUUUUUUAUAA